AUGGCGACUCAGGAGAGAAGUCCGUCGCUUAUUAUUUUCCAACAGUGGUCAGCACUGACCGAUCUCGGGUCUUCUGACACAGAAAAGGAGAAAGAGCAUGCAGCAGACAAGGAUGGAAAUAGAAACUCCAGUGGUGAUAGUAUGAAACUUGGGAAACAGGACAUGAGCCUGUUUGGCUUCUGUCCAUCCAGAGAUGAGUUCAGCCUUGUUGUCUGUGAGAAAUGCAACCUUCUAGUCAAGCCACAAGCACUGAAACAGCAUAUAGAAUCUCGACACGGACUAACAAAUCUCAGCAGCUUGGGAAGUAUAUCUGCCUCCGCACUGAAUUCAGAACUUGGUAAAAAAUUACUGAUGCCUCUCCCUAUAAAAUCAGACCCGCUUCCAGCAGCUGUCUCCAAUGACAAACGGGCAAGAGAAGCUUUCAAGCCGCUGUCAGCAGGCAGACUUCCAUCAAAGGCAAGCUUAAAACAAGCAUCUGCUUCCACGAAAAACUGUUCGAUUCCUAUUCUGUCUGGCGGAGUGAAGAUAAACAUCACAAAGCCUGUGAAAUCUGGCAGCAGGCUGACACCAGUAAAGGCAGCUGCUUGUGCGAUAUCAAAUCCAAUUGUUAAAGUUGAGAAACUAGAUGAGAUUUCCAUUACAUCGUCCAUUAAAACUGCAGCAAAGCAGGAGGGACCUGAGCCGCCUCUGUCAGAGCUUUCAAAAAAUAUCUUGAACAUAGACUCCACAAAAAUAUCCACACUGCUAAAUGGAUCUGUAAAGUCAGCGGUGGUGGCUCUCACAACACCGCCGUCGACAUUAGCAACUUCUUCGCCCCCCACAUUGUCUCCUAUAGUUUCAACAGCUGUGACUAAAGUAUCAACUGACACCAUCCUGAGCACACGAAAUGUGAUCACAUUUGUGAGUACAUCAUUGACCAGGCCCCAGGUGAUGAGCCCACAUAUUACAGUUGCAGCUAAUGGGCCUCUAGCAGUAAAUCAUCUUAAGAGUGCUAAGAGCAUAAAAUUGUCUAAGGAUCGAAAGGAUCGGAAGUUUUUGCCAUGCAAAGAUCGGGAGUAUGAUGCCAAUAAACAUUGUGGUGUGGCCAUCUCUGAGACGGGCAAGCCUUGCACCAGAUCUCUCACUUGCAAGACUCAUGCACUGUCAUUACGAAGAGCUGUGUCAGGAAGAAGCAAGCCCUUUGAUGGGCUGCUCAAAGAGCACAAAGCAGUGAAGGACGCUAUUCUGAAGGCCAAAGCUGAGGCCCAGCGCGCUUCAGCAGGCACCAGCUCUGUGACUUCUACAGUUACGAACCCAGACUGUUCAGUAACAACCAGCUUGGCAGCGGAUGUGGCGAAACAGCAGACGACCCCUGUGAUGUCUUUCCAGAGCAGAGGGAAGCCUCCGCACUUGGGGUGUAGCCCAGUUGCCACCAGAACAACUAUGUCUUCUGAUAGCAUUUCCACGACAGCAACAUCAGUUGUUAAACCACACCAUGCUUCAAAUGUGUUCCAAAGAUUUACUUCAACUGUGACGCAUCCAACGAUAACAGUAAAAGAGGAAACAACAGUAAAUCGGGAGGAUCCAUCUUCAAGACUGUCCAUGUCGUCAGAAGUGUCCUCGGUAGUUGUCCAGGAUUUAAAACAAGACCAUAAUUUUAUGUCUCGUCAUCCUAGACCAAUGGCGUGUAACCAUUUUGGUGGGCGUUUUACGGACAGAAGUUGUAUGCUGUUUUCCAGGAAGGUGGAUUAUGUUAGGGCAGCUCUACUUAGUGCAUUACAGAGACAGCUGAACCCUCCCCCACCCAAAAAACUCUGUAUGGAAUCAAAUUUACCAGAGGAGUCCCAAGCAUUCACUAAUUCUCAAGAUCCAUAUGAGUUUAACUUAGCAGACACAAGCGGCAGCGGCGGUGGUUCUGUAAGUCCUGCUGUGGUCAGCCCCUUAAAGCCAGCUCCAAAACCUAAAUCAAAAUUACCAGCAUCUCCAGUGGCAGCCUCAUCGUUCAACAACCAAACUAUAAGCUUUUACCCAGGAACAGUGUCAUCCUCAUUGCCUUUAUUAGCAUUACCAGUGUCCACCUUAUGUUCAGCACCUAUUGAAGCACCAUCAGUUUCCUCAUCAAGCCAUUCCCCCAGUUGGCCAGUCAGAACUUGGAGUGAAGCAUCAACACAUACUUCUUCAGCCUCAGCGUCCACUGCUCUAUCAUCUACACAAGUUACAAACCCUGGAAGCAGAAAAAGAAGUGGAAGCAGCACAGGUGGUUACAAUGGUCCCCUCAUGACAUUUGCCAGCAACAAUGGAACCUUGCCAGUAAAUUCACCAGCUUCUCUAACUAUGACAUUGACUAGCAACACAUCUGGAGGUACCAGGCAACAAACAGGGUUAAUAGGUGUCAUAACACCAACAAAUUUAAACAGUCUUCAAUCUGGCAACCUCAUAGCUUUCCCAAAUGUUAGUUUAUCGAACAGUUGCGGACAACAGCAGAGUACAUCAGCUGCAUGCGCUGCAAAACUCUCUUCAUCGGUGGGUGGAGUAUCUUCAGUCACCUCACAUAAGAACAUCUUCAAAGACUUCAACCUUGUUUUGACAGGGUUAGAUUCAUCUCUAGUCAACGGACAGCAGUAUGUCAAUAUAUCUAGUGCUCAACUGGCCGAAUUGACUAAAAUUCCGGGACAGACUUUAUUUCUGAACAAUUUUACACCUGGUAAUUCUAAUGGUUCUUCAGCAUCAGGUAACAUACACAGCAUUAAUCGGGCAGGGUCAUUACCUACAGCAAGGCCAGCCAAACGAAGCCGCAGUUCUGGGUCAAAACCGCAACCUGCUCUGAUCAGCUCUGAUAGAAAAAUUGCAGCCAGUGCCUUGGAAACUUACAAACUAGUCCCUACAAGCUCUUUACAAUCCAACGCUGUUCUGUUGGAUGGGGGAAGAUUGCAAGAUGCCAUGUUUACAUUAGCCCCAGGAAGCACAACUCCAACGCUGGUGGCCAUUGCCUCUCACACAGAUAAUACCAACAGUGCCAUGGUGAUGGGAAACUCUUCCCAAGUUUUAUGUAGGGUAGGUGCUUCAGAUACAUCUUCAGUUAUUAAUUCGUCAGCAUUGGCCAAUGGAAUAUCACAGACCACUCGUGGUAAUUCUGGCAGUAUUAGUCAUCACCACCACACCUCCUCUUCCAGACCACAUCACCACCACCAUCAUCAUAAUCACCUUCAUCGUCAGGAACAUAGCAAAACCCAGCAGCAGCAAGACAUGUUUGUUACUAGUGUUCUACAGGUGGCGCCAUCUGUAGCCAAUCCUAUUCAGUCACCUGUGGCCACCCAGUUGGGUCCCAACCAGACUUUAUUCAAGCCCCACGGAACAUUCAACCUUACAGCGAAAAACAUGGCAGGAAAACUAGCAAUGCAACCCAUGUCACUCACUUUCCCCAUCAGUGUAAGCCAAGCUGGGGCUGGGCUGGGUGCCUUAACUUCAGGCUUACCACAGCAGUUACAAGCGCAGCAUCAACUACAGCCUCAUCAUAAACUUUCUGUCACCACCAAUGGUGUCGGCACAGAACUAGAACCUUCUACAGCUGCCCUCGUCACAGCGAAAACAGAUUUACACCUGCAGUCACAGAUGUCUGGAACAUCAACGGGCAGUUUAAUUUCCUAA